GUGAUCGAACUGGCUUCGGUCCAGACGGUUGGAGCCAGGAUCGCCAGGAUGGAUACCAACUACCGGGAGUCCAUCAGUCCAGUUGAACGUCUGGCGAUUUGUCUCUGGUAAGCUAAAUUGAAGUGAAUUUUUAAAGCCUUUGAUACCGUAAUUGAUUGAUAUUAGAUAUAUUUUAUGUGCAACCUAGCUAGCUAAAAAAAAGGGCUCUCUAGUUAAUAGCCCCUAUGUGACAUCAGAUGUACUUUUACAGAAUGUUCAUUAGGACUAUAACUUUUCCCAAAAUUGGUUUAAAACCCUUUUUUAAUGAUGCAAUGUUACCAAAUGAAAAUACAUUUGGGGUGCCUUCUGCAGGACCCCUUGUUGUUCAACAGUUACAGUCAUUCAUUACAUUAUUAUUGGAAUCAUGUACACUCUUAGAAAAAAGGGUUCCAAAAGUGUCCUUCUGCUUUCCCCAUUAGGAUAACCCUUUUUGGUUCCAGGUAGAACCCUUUUUGGCUCCAGGUAGAACCCUUUUUGGUCUGGUUGGCGAAUACAUGCCUGUCCCCAAGGAGGCAGACUGGAGGGCCAUCGCUGCCGAGUUCCUGGAGAGGUGGAAUUUCCCCAACUGUCUUGGUAAUCCAGGCUCCACCGUGCUCAGGUUCGCAAUUCCACAACUACAAGGGUACAUAUUCAGUUGUACUCUUGGCUGUUGUAGAUGCCAUCUACUGUUUCCGUAUCAUUGAUGGUGGUGCUUACGGCAAGGGAAGUGAUGGCGACGCCCUCGGGACUCUGCCUUCGGCCAGGCACUUCAGGAUGGCACCCUGGAGAUUCCACCACCUGCAUCACUCCCUGGGGCUGAAGACCUGGGACCCAUUCCCCACGUGUUCGUCGGCGACGAGGCCUUCACUUUGA